UUUGAUUCGAAAAAAAUUUUUUUUUUUUCGUUUCAAUUUUCAUAUAGCCGAUAAUAUUGAACCUGAUAUUGUGGUUUUUUUUUCAUUCGCUCCUCCUACUAUUUUUCUUAUUGGACGAUAACGAAAAACAAUUUAUUUUGACGACAAUUUAAGAAUCUGUCAUAAUCAUAUUGUUUGAAAAUUCAUUUGCAUUUUGAAAACUGUAUCCCCCAUUCGUCUUUACAAUACAAUGAUCAUGGAUAUUGCAUCGAAAAGAAUCAUUACAACCAUUUGCCGUCAACGAAAUUAUCCUUUGGAGACGAUCAAUCGUAAAUUGAGUCAACGUUCAUGGAAUAUCGUACGAUUUGAUCAGGAUUUAAAACGUGCAAUUCAAUUCAAUUCAAGUAGUCAAGUGCCGAUAUUAAAUCGUCCCAAUGAAGUCAUGGUUAAAGUAUUGGCAUCAAGUGUCAAUCCAUUGGACAUUGAAAUGAGUCGCGGUUAUGGUAAUGUAAUGUUAUCAUUAGGCAAUACGGUCAUGUCACAUGGUAUUGAUCGACUCACCUAUGGCCGAUUGCCAGUAACACCUGGUCGUGAUUUUGUUGGUGAAAUCAUUUCAAAAGGUCAAAGUAUUUGGAAUUAUAAACCCGGCGAUAUUGUAUGGGGAACAGUGCCUCCAUAUGAGAAUGGUUCACAUGCUGAUUAUGUUAUCACAUCGGAUAACGCUAUCAGUUAUAAGCCGAAAAAUUUAUCAAACGUUGAAGCUGCUGCUUUGCCUUAUGUUGGAUUGACUGCCUGGUCAUCAUUAUCAACAUUCGGUGAAUUGAAUGCACACAACAGUAAUAACAAAAAUGUUCUUGUUCUUGGUGGCAGUGGUGGUGUUGGAUGUUUCGCAAUUCAGUUGUUAAAAUUUUGGGGCGCUAAUGUCAUUACAACAUGUUCGGCAAAAACAAUCGAACCAUUGAAAGAGUUGACAUCUGCAGAUGAAUGUAUCGAUUAUACGAAAAUGGAAGAAUUUCUUCGUGAUUAUCGUGGUACAUUUGAUUUGAUUUUGGAUGCCUCAUCAGCAUCGGCAUCAAGAAAAAAUUAUGACAUAAUCAAAUCGGUUGUAAAUGAAAAUCAACAGAAUUCGAAUACAAUCCCUAGUCGUUCUGGUCCAAUGACACCUGUUUUUGACCGUAAACGUACAAUCUACGUAACACUUAGUUCACCAUUAUUGCGUAACUAUGAUCGUUAUGGUUUAUUAUCUGGUACAAUGAGUACAAUCUCCGAUGCAUUGAUCGAUACAUUGAAUGGUAUUCAACAUGGUAUCAGUUUUCGUUGGGCAUAUUAUUUACCUAAUCCAAAAGCAUUAGCAUAUAUUGCUCAAUUGGUUGAACGUGGUAUGAUAAAACCAUUUACAAGUAAUGUUUAUGAUUUCGAUAAAGCCAUCGAUGCAUAUGAAGCAUUGGAAAUUAAACGUCCAAUGAUGGGUAAAGUUGUACUCAACAAUGAUAAAUAGAUGGUGAUGAUAAUUUAUCUGACCACAAAAUAAAAACAUCAUCAUCAUCAUCAUCAUCAUUGAAUUAAUUAAUUUUUUAAAAAUUUAAAUUAUCAAUUGUUUAUUUUUUUUUUAAAUUGAAUAUAUGUACAAUGUUUACACAUUGAAAGGCGUGUGGUGAGUGUGUGUGUGUGUGUUUUUAUUUUGUAUAAUAAAAGAAUACAUGACACAAAAA